CCCCUCAGAAUAACAGUAGAAGAAAUGGUGGAAAUAUUUCAUCGGACGGAAAGGACUGCGAGAUAUUUCUGCCCAAUUCCAGUCUGGUCAAAGCAACCCACUGUACCUACAAGGGUGAGGAUUGAAACGGCGCGUGACCUCUUCUUUGAUGAGAAGAGGUCGUGUGUGACGCGCUCUUCUCAUCAAAGUGGAGUUAGGAUAUAAUUGUGCCCAUUGUAAAUUGAAACCAUACCCCGUGGUGGAAAUUAUUUAUUGUACACAUAUAAGAUAGUUGGUAGUACCUGUAGUAAUCUAAGAAUUGUAGAAUUGUGCCUAUUCGAAACCUGAGCAGAAAACUCAAGCAGCCAGACACCGGAGAGAACCCUGGACAGCCAACCGUCCGUCUAAUGUCUGUCGCAUCAAUGCCAAUUCUCGAAGCUCAGUGCGCACGGAGAACAGCGACAGAACGACUGUCGGCAGCAAAGCUGAACGGUCGUGGACUUGGGCCGAGCACCGAGCCAGCUAUUAAUAAGCGCACCUGUCAAGCGGGGGAAGAAGUCAUCCAUCAUGUAGACUGGCAAGCACUAUUCCAGAUCUCGGCCACAGGUCGAGGCGUUGAAACAUGCGCCCGGGCGCAUGCGGAAUCUUUAGGAUCCCUCCACGCGUCGCCCCCGGCCGUCUUCCAUGAUUCGGCCUGCCCCACUCCACAGACGCGAAGGCCCGGAGGCCAUUUUGGAAAAGUUGGCCUUUCCGCCUGUCGCCUGGAUCUGCUCGUCGUCUCUGCGGCUUGGGGGAAUUUUCUCCAGAAGCAACAAGAAAGCUGGUCCCGAGAAGCCCCAUCGUCUGGUGCAGCUUGAAUCCGGUGCACCGCCCGCCUUCGCUCGCCUCCAUCGACCCAAGCCGCGCCAGGCUUCGUCCCCCACGCUUGCUUCCUGCCAUUGGCCUCACGCUCGCCGACUUUGAGCUCCUCCGUGAGCUGCCUUCGACCACUUCGCCCACAAUUGAAUUUGUCACGGACGUCAGACGCACAAAGCAACGUACCAUCCCUCAUACAGUUCCUCAAUCCUGAUUUGAUCUAUCCUUCACUCAAAGUGAUAAAGAUCGCAAGCGAAUACAUCCCAACCCUUUUUGCGUCAUAGAGCGUCUAGGACCGGACACAUCAAGUUGGAUUGGA